AUGGCUUCAAGACCCAUCGUUCCACAACAUGCCAGAGGAGGUGAGGCUAACGUUGGAGGAGGAAAGCAACAUAAGAAGAACGUUGCAGCAGAUGGAAGGAACCGAAAAGCACUUGGCGAUAUUGGAAAUUUGGUCACUGUGAGAGGACUUGAGGACAAGCCCAAUCGCCCCAUCACAAGGAGUUUCCGUGCCCAACUACUUGCAAAUGCACAAGAUGCAGCAGUUGCUGAGAAUAACAGGAAGCAGGCUUGUGCUAAUGUAGCUGGACCUCCUCCUCCUGCGGUUGCUGAUGGAGUUGUUGCAAUGGCUAAAAGAGUAGCCCCAAAACCGGCUCAGAAGAAAGUCACUGCAAAACCAAAGCCUGAGGAAGUCAUUGAAAUAAGCUCAGAAAAAAAGGUCCAGAAAGACAAGUCUGUGACCAAGAAAAAGGAAGGAGAUCCCAACUCCAAGAAGAAAUCACAAGCUUUUACUUCUGUGCUCACUGCUCGAAGCAAGGCAGCUUGCGGUUUGACAAACAAACCGAAGGUGGAGAUUGAAGACAUUGAUGCUAGUGAUGCUGACAAUGAACUUGCUGCAGUCGAGUAUGUUGAAGACAUCUACACCUUCUAUAAGGAAGUUGAGAACGAGAGCCGUCACCUCGACUAUAUGAACACACAGCACCAACCGGAGUUAAAUAAAAGGAUGAGAGAAAUACUGCUUGAUUGGCUGAUGGAUGUGCACUCCAAGUUUGACCUUUCACUUGAAACCCUUUAUCUUACCAUCAAUAUAAUCGAUCGGUUCCUAUCAGUUAAGGCUGUGCCAAAGAGGGAAUUGCAAUUGGUUGGUGUCAGUGCUAUGCUGAUGGCAGCCAAGUAUGAAGAAAUCUGGCCCCCUGAGGUUAAUGACUUUGUCUGCCUUUCAGACAGAGCUUACUCUCAUGAACAGGUACUGGCUAUGGAGAAAAUCAUACUUGGCAAGCUGGAAUGGACUUUGACUGUGCCUACCCCUUUUGUUUUCCUUGUUCGUUUUAUCAAGGCAUCAAAUCCUGAUCACACGUUGGAAAACAUGGCUCAUUUUCUCUCUGAGUUGGGGGUGAUGCAUUAUGCUACCUUAGUUAAGUACUGCCCAUCAAUGGUUGCUGCCUCAGCAGUCUUUGCAGCAAGAUGCACUCUGAACAAGAGCCCCAUUUGGAAUGAGACACUUAAGCUGCACACUGGUUACUCAGAAGAAGAACUUAUGGACUGUGCUAAACUAUUGGUGAACUUUCACUCCACUGUUGGGAAUGGAAAGCAUAAGGCUGUGUGCAGAAAGUACUCUGAUCCUGGGAGAGGAGCUGUUGCAGUGCUUCCACCUGCUAAAAUUCUUCUGCCUGAAAGUUCUAUCUCAAUUUGCCCAGAACAUUUUUAG